AUGGCCAAGAGAGACUACUUGGUGGAGGCAGCCAAGCAGAUCCGCAUGGCUCUGGACAGGGAGGUCAGUGAAGACUAUGAAGCUGCCUUCAGCUACUACAAGAACGGGGUUGACCUGCUUCUCAAUGGAGUUCAAGGUACAGUGGUAAAUCUACGGUACUGUAGAGUAUUGCUGUCAACAUGCAGGGUUCUGGUUAGGGUUGAAUAGAGCAGGUUAAGGCUUGGCAGACUUUAGCUACUCAACACAGUGAGAACAAGUCAUGCGGCAUGAAACAGGAACAUGUAGAUUCAUCUGUUCAUGAUUCAUCCAUUUUAAAGCAGAAUUAAAUAGUUCCUAUGAAAAACAGGAAGUCAGAAAGCCAAGGUCAGAGAAAGAUUUCCAUACUGGUAAAGCAUGCUGGAUAUUCUCUCUCUCUGCUGUGCUAGUGAAGUAUGUCAGCUAUAUUCAAACAGAAGCGUUUGAAUUAUAUGAGGUUAUUUCAGUUUCAGUUUAGUGAAGUGAGGUUUCUCCAUUGUGUGAGAGGGAGAGAACUGAGGUCUGACGUAGUUGGUCUGUCUUCCAGUGGACCCUAACAAGGAGCGCCGGGAGGCAGUGAAGAGGAAGACUACUCAGUAUCUGAAGAGGGCAGAGGAAAUCUUUAUCUCCCACCUGCAGGACAACCUGGGGAAGGGGAACUCUCACGUAGGGGUAAGAAGAUUACAUUUAAACCCUCAUUUGACAAGAUUAACAUUCCAUAAUACUGUGCAUCUUAUGAAUGGAAAUCAACCCACUCUGAUCAUACAUGUUACUCUGUGAUACUGGCCACUCAUUUUCCAGCUUUUCACUCCUGUGUUGAUUCAUAUGUCUAGUCUGUUUAUUGAAGAGGUGGUUAAGUGCUAUUAAUGUUAGCACCGCUGAAUCAUUUCCUUCUGGGAAAGCCCGAGUUACAUCCUCAGAGCAACCAGUCUGUGCUGCUUACAGUCUCUCUCUGGAGAUAGGCCACAGAACAGCACAACAACCCCAUUCCCCUCUGUUACACUACACCCGACCCGGGAUAGAAGAUCACAUUAUAUCUGCCAGGGUGCCUCGCACUGGCCGGCUGGGCGCUCUCUCUCCCCCUCUCUCUUAUGUAACAUGCUAAUAUCUGUCCUAAGAUUGUAACUAAUCCUUGAGUAGAAGCACUAUUUCAGAUCUGAAUUAAACACAAAGACACGUGUCCACAUCCGUGUUAUCUGUGCUGUACUGAUCUGUAAUCUCUUUUUAUCACCAGGGUUACAGUAGUCUGAGAUUCCGGCCAAUCAGACACCUGAGCUGCCCAGUGGAGGAUCUAGAGAUGUGUAAAGUGGUGGGGAUCAUCGAUAAGGUAGGGAGGUUUUUACACCCACUGCUCUCAACCAGACAGAGUGUACUAUAACUGUUUGUUACAGCUGAUGAUAAUCUCUUGAACAUACAUCCUGGCUGUAGUUACCCCUUUAUUAACCAUGUCUUAUAGAUCCAGUGACAACCAUGAUGCUUACCUACAGUGAGGGAAAAAAGUAUUUGAUCCCCUGCUGAUUUUGUACAUUUGCCCACUGACAAAGACAUGAUCAGUCUAUAAUUUUAAUGGUAGGUUUAUUUGAACAGUGAGAGACAGAAUAACAACAAAAAAAUCUAGAAAAACGCAUGUCAAAAAUGUUAUAAAUUGAUUUGCAUUUUAAUGAGGGAAGUAAGUAUUUGACCCCUCCGCAAAACAUGACUUAGUACUUGGUGGCAAAACCCUUGUUGGCAAUCACAGAGGUCAGACGUUUCUUGUAGUUGGCCACCAGGUUUGCACACAUCUCAGGAGGGAUUUUGUCCCACUCCUCUUUGCAGAUCUUCUCCAAGUCAUUAAUGUUUCGAGGCUGACGUUUGGCAACUCGAACCUUCUGCUCCCUCCACAGAUUUUCUAUGGGAUUAAGGUCUGGAGACUGGCUAGGCCACUCCAGGACCUUAAUGUGCUUCUUCUUGAGCCACUCCUUUGUUGCCUUGGCCGUGUGUUUUGGGUCAUUGUCAUGCUGGAAUACGACCCAUUUUCAAUGCCCUGGCUGAGGGAAGGAGGUUCUCACCCAAGAUUUGACGGUACAUGGCCCCGUCCAUCGUCCCUUUGAUGCGGUGAAGUUGUCCUGUCCUCUUAGCAGAAAAACACCCCCAAAGCAUAAUGUUUCCACCUCCAUGUUUGACGGUGAGGAUGGUGUUCUUGGGGUCAUAGGCAGCAUUCCUCCUCCUCCAAACACGGCGAGUUGAGUUGAUGCCAAAGAGCUCGAUUUUGGUCUCAUCUGACCACAACACUUUCACCCAGUUCUCCUCUGAAUCAUUCAGAUGUUCAUUGGCAAACUUCAGACGGCCCUGUAUAUGUGCUUUCUUGAGCAGGAGGACUUUGAGGGCGCUGCAGGAUUUCAGUCCUUCACAGCGUAGUGUGUUACCAAUUGUUUUCUUGGUGACUAUGGUCCCAGCUGCCUUGAGAUCAUUGACAAGAUCCUGCCGUGUAGUUCUGGGAUGAUUUCUCAUGAUCAUUGCAACUCCACGAGGUGAGAUCUUGCAUGGAGCCCCAGGCAGAGGGAGAUUGACAGUUAUUUUGUGUUUCUUCCAUUUGCGAAUAAUCGCACCAACUGUUGUCACCUUCUCACCAAGCUGCUUGGCGAUGGUCUUGUAGCCCAUUCCAGCCUUGUGUAGGUCUACAAUCUUGUCCCUGACAUCCCUGGAGAGCUCUUUGGUCUUGGCCAUGGUGGAGAGUUUGGAAUCUGAUUGAUUGAUUGCUUCUGUGGACAGGUGUCUUUUAUACAGGUAACAAGCUGAGAUUAGGAGCAGUCCCUUUAAGAGUGUGCUCCUAAUCUCAGCUCGUUACCUGUAUAAAAGACACCUGGGAGCCAGAAAUCUUUCUGAUUGAGAGGUGGUCAAAUACUUAUUUCCCUCAUUAAAAUGCAAAUCAAUUUAUAACAUUUUUGACAUGCGUCUUUCUGGAUUUUUUUGUUGUUAUUCUGUCUCUCACUGUUCAAAUAAACCUACCAUUAAAAUGAUAGACUGAUAAUUUCUUUGUCAGUGGGCAAACGUACAAAAUCAGCAGGGGAUCAAAUACUUUUUUCCCUCACUGUAUGCAAAUAGUACCAUGUCCUAAAAUGUCACAAUCAUCUAAUAACAUACUACUCUAAGCUCUAUUUAAACUAACAUAACAUGUAUGUCUUCUCCCCAAGGUCCUGAUUGUCCAAAGCCUGAUUACCAAGGACACAUGUGUUGUUAAAGUAAGUACUUCCUCCUGAGCUCAACACUACCAAUACAGUAUGUCAGAGGACCAAUGUGGCAGACAGGUAGUAAAAGCAGUGCAGCUGUCUUAUCUGUGUAGAUGCAUAUCCAGUGCACAGAUGGCUGUUGUCCUGUCCGGACCUCUGCCAGCCAUUCUGUGGCAGCCCAGUCAAUGGGAAUACUCUCAGCCGUAUCUCCCUGAGUAUCCUUCACCAUUGAUCUGGCUAAAAGCUCUCCACUCUGACCCUCUUAGUGCAAAUGCACCUCUGAUUUCCGUAACCAGAGAGUUGUUAUUGGAAAACACUGUAGCAGGGGUGGCUAAGGCGCAGGUCUCAGUAGCCUCAUUUAUACCUGGCACUACCAUGCAUCAUGUGUCUUGAUCUUGUCCACAUUCUGAUUGUGUCCACAUCUUGAGGAAUGCGUCUACAUAUGGUAUUAAAAUGUGUCUUUUGUACAACCACUGUGUCCACAUUGUGACCAGAUUUCCUGGUCUCUCCUUGUAUCAAAAUUAUUUUAUGGAUAUUCUUUCAUAAUAAUAUUUAUUUAUUUUAAGACGCAUAUUGAUGCCUUAAGUCAGUAGUGCCACCUGUCAAGGAUUUUAAAGGACAGGAUAAUGAUUAUUUAAAUGGUUUCGCUGCCCAGAUCCUGUCUACCCUUGUAAGAUAUCCAGACACAAUGCAUGCCUGACUACCUCCGGAAGUGGUCAGGAAGAUCUGAUCACAAUGCGUAUUUUAAUCGUCUACACCUGUCUAAAAAUGUGGACAAGAUCAGGACGAAGGAUGCAUGUUAGAACCAGGUAUAAACGGGGCUAGAGAAGUUGCUAUCUAGGCACUGGUAGAGCCAGCUUUUGUAGAGAUAUGAGUUUUUAGAUUUCUGUCUUUAUCAAUUAACUAUAGACAAAGUUAAGACUAGACAGAAAACUAUUUGUAGUACAGUAGUGAUAAGUUGUAUUUUGACCAAGGUAAUAGUAACAGCAUAGUAAUAAGUGUAUUGUUCUGUUGCACUGUCCUCUCAGAGCCUGCCCAAGUCGGGCUGGGAGAGCCGGGACCAGCCCACUAUCAUCCCCCAAGGCGUCCCCUAUAUGGUGAAGCUGCUGAAGUACUAUGUCAGUGAGGACGCUGUGUACCUGCAUCUGGAGCAUGUUCAAGGUGAGCUGAACACAGGCUCUGCCUGCCAGCCCUGCAGUAUGGGAGAUUUAGCUGAUGCUCUUACCUAGCCUAUAGCCAUGCAAAGGGAGAUUUAUGUCCAUGGCAUAGCAGUGGACCUACAGUUUAAAUGUUUUGUUGAUGGUUGCACUCUUCAGCCAUUUUGGGUCAAGGAUGCCACAGAGAGUAUAAAUAAUUGCUGAAUUAAAAUUAAGAAAAACGACUAUUGUCUUAUGAUGUAUUGACUUUUCUAUGCUCUGUAGGUGGAAAGCUUUUCUCCAAACUGUCCAAGGUCAGGAAAGACCGAGCCAAGGAGCACCCAGAAUGCUACAGUCCCAGCCAGCACAGGAUCAAACUGAAGAACAGCUACACCUCCCCUACCAUCAGCUCAGACUACACCUCCCCUACCAUCAGCUCAGACUACACCUCCCCUACCAUCAGCUCAGACUACCAGCAGAAUGACAGAGGGGGCACAUGGACAACCCCUCUCCUGGAGAGCGAGGAGAGCCCAGACACAGACUCCCCUGCAUCCUGGCACGAGGCUCAGCAACGCCUGGAGAGCUGCAGCACCCACUCCUACUGCGAGGAGACAGGUUGCCUGCAGAACAACUCCAGGUCUACAGCACCACACGCUCUGGCCACACAGCCCUCCUUAUCUGGGCCAAUGAGGACAGACAUCAGUCCCCAUAUCCAUCCAGCAGGCCACAGUCAGUGUUUGCACUCUGAAACUCAGGACAAGCCUGCUCUUCCUAGUCAUCUGUGCAUCGACCAGGCUCCUGAUGUCACCUCUGAGCCUUUUGGGAAGGCCACUGGAACAGAAAAAAUAGAAUCCAGUUUGGAUUUCAACGUGGUGUGGAAUGCUGCUGAUCCGACACAGAAUUGUGAGAGUUCAGCCCCAUAUGCAGUGACUGGUACUGACUCAGAUAUAGCUGCAGGUAAUCCUGUACCUCAAACAACUCAGACCUCUUCUGGUGGGACAGGGUCAACGGUGAACUUGAAGAAUCAUUCUAUCAGUUUGUGUUCACAGAGAAGUUCUGUUCCCAAUACAUUGCAAUUACCCCUCCAUAAUCGAAGCCAGGCUAGUGAGAGAGCAACUUUGACCUCCUAUGGCUCUCACCAAGGGAGUGUUUCAGGUAGAGACCUUGAAAACACUGUGGGUGUGGAGAUAUCCACACACCAGGGGAGAGGGCAGGUAAACCAUCACACUACUGAGGAGAGCAUGGUGAACUCAGUAAGCAGGGACACAGAGACAUCCCAGCCUGGCAGAGUUGUGUGUCCCUCUACAGUAGACAAGCUGAAGCUCAUAAGGACAUCCUCAGGGAGCUCUCAACCCCCUUCUGUCCCUCACUGUCACAGUGCUGGGACACAGCAGGAGACCCAGCCAGGCAUCUCCCUGGCCCCCACAGGGGCGAAGUACCAUGUGGGGCCUCCUUGCAGAGAGCCAGGGGAGGAGGUGGAGGAGGGCUGGGAGCUGAGCCCUGUGAAUAAGGACAUCCCCCAAGGGAAAGGAUCACUGUGUGACCCCAACACGCCUGGCCCCACAGGAGCCUCCACACAGUGUCGGAAGGGGGACAUGGAUGCUUUCCUGAAGUCAAAGGGAUCAGAUGGACAGGGUGAGGAUCAGAUCAUUGAGGUGGAGAGCUGGUGCCACCUGCCCAAGUUCCCAGCCAAGGCCUCCAGAGGGAGAGACAGGGCCAGGCAGGGCUGCUGGGGGCUGCCUGAGGCAGAGGUGCGUCUGUUGGGGGCUCAGAUCCUCGUGGCCCUGGAGAGUCUUCACCAGCAAGGUGUCAUGUGCCGUGACCUCAACCCAAAGAACAUCCUGCUUACCAGCAUCGGUUAGUCACCUAAAUCACUUUAACUCCGUAAGGUUUUUGAGUUGUUGAGUUUUCAAGACUCAACUUAAAAACUCAAACUUUGGUUGUGACGUAUUGGCAUGUUUCUCAACAGGAAAGGUCUGCCUGACAUUCUUUGGCCAGUGGAGUCAAGUUCAGUCAGAAAUCAACUCUAAAGCUAUGGAACAGAUGUACUGUGCACCAGGUGAAAACAAUGUUUAUUCAAUAAACCUGUCAUAUGUUACAACAGUUACACAUAGGGUUCCUACCCUACAGUGCCUUCUAGUGGUGAGAAUCAGACAUUUAGUUUGAUCCAACAAUAAACCUGUGAAUAACAGUUCUGUUUGUUGUUGGCCAAUAGAGAUUGGAGGUGUGUCCAAAAUCACAGAGGCUUGUGAUUGGUGGAGUCUGGGUGCAUUGCUAUUUGAACUUCUUACAGGAAUGGUAAAUAACAUUUGUAUUGAAUAAUCUGUCAAGUUUAUUCAAUCCAAACAUGUAUGUAUCUUGAUUAGAGUGCUGCCUACUGAUCUGUUGAUAGUGUAUCUGUGUUGGUACCAUUAUCAAGGCAUUGUUGUUGAAACUGUAUGCCUGUUCCUGUGCCUCCAGCCCCUGUGGCAGUUCCACCCAGCCGGGGUGCAUUCUCACACCCAGCUCCUGAUCCCAGACCACCUGAGUACUGCAGCCGCCUCCCUGCUCACUGAGGUAAGGCCUGAGUCCCCUUACACACCCAUAUGGCCUGUACUGUAAAUACCUUAGACAUAUACACACACCUGCUGCUAGCCUGCUACCAAAGACACACACAGCCACAAACAUUGUACAAACUCAAAUUGGCUUUCUGAAUGAGUGACUAUUGUGUGUUCCACAGCUUCUGCAGUUUGACGCUGGUUAUCGAUUAGGCUCUGGAGGCGGUGGUGUGAGUGACAUCAAGUGUCACCCCUUCUUCAAUGGUGUCUCCUGGAAGGCACUGAGCAGUUAG